AUGGGCAGCCCGCGCGCCCUCCUGACCCUGCUCCUCGCGCUCACCUCCGCCGCAGCGACGCCCAACGCGGGUCUGAAGACGUGGAGGCGCUUCAGGAAGCUGCCCUAUCCGGGAGACAAGGCUUUCCUGUACGACACUUUCCCCAAGGGCUUCAUCUGGGCCGUGGGCACGGCGGCGUACCAGGUGGAGGGCGCGUUCGAGAAGGACGGCAAGGGGCUCUCCAUCUGGGACACCUUCACGCGCGGCGGGAGCCGCAUGGCCAGGGGGGACGUGGGCAGCGACAGCUACCACAACGUCCGAGCCGACAUUCGCGCCAUCCAGCAGCUCAAAGUCAGCCACUACAGGUUCUCCCUGUCCUGGGCCAGGAUCUUCCCCAACGGGACCCGCGGGAGCUACAACGAGGCCGGAACCGGCUACUACCGCGCGCUGCUCCGCAGGCUGAAGGAGGCGGGCGUGCAGCCGGUGGUCACGCUCUACCACUGGGACCUGCCCGACCACCUGCAGCAGACCCUGGGCGGCUGGAGCAACCCCGAGCUGGUGGGCAUCUUCAGGGACUACGCCGACUUCUGCUUCCAGACCUUCGGGGACGACGUGAAGUUCUGGAUCACCAUCGAUAACCCGUUCGUGGUGGCGCGCCACGGGUACGGCACCGGGGUGGUGGCGCCGGGCAUCAAGAGCGACCCCGACCUGCCCUUCAGGGUGGGACACAACCUGAUCAAGGCUCACGCAGCCACCUGGCACCUGUACGACCGCCGCUACCGCCCCCGGCAGCAGGGGAAGCUGUCCAUGGCUCUGGCCUCGCACUGGAUCAAGCCCAGCCGCUCUCGCCCGGAGAGCCUGCGGGAGUGCCAGUGCUCGCUGGACCACAUCCUGGGCUGGUUCGCCCGGCCGCUGUUCACGGACGGGGAUUACCCGCCGUGCAUGAAGGCCAGGCUGGGCUCGCGGCUGCCCUCCUUCACCCCGGAGGAGAGGGAGCAGGUGAGAGGGACCGCCGACUUCUUCGCCCUGUCCCACGGGGCGACGCUGAGCUUCCAGCUCGUCAACGACAGCCUCAAGUUCGGGCAGCAGGAAGACCUGGAUCUGAGGAUGCUGCUGUACUGGGUCGACAAAGAAUACGACCGGCCCCCCAUCUUUGUGGUGCAGAGCGGCUGGUACGUGCUGGGAAACACCAAAACCGAAGAUCCUAAACACAUGUACUACCUCAAGAGGUUCAUCGCAGGAGCGCUAAAGUCAAUCGUCUUCGACGGCGUGAACGUGAUCGGGUACACCGCCUGGUCGCUGAUCGACGGCUUCGAGUGGCACCGGGAGUACGGGAUACGGCGAGGACUGUACUACAUCGACUUCAACACUCCGGAGAUGACGAGGGAGCCGAAGACAUCCGCCACGUUUUACCGUAACGUCAUCCAUAAGAACGGUUUUCCAGAGCUGCCGGAGAACAGACCAGCACAGGGGGUCUUCCCCUGCGAUUUUGCUUGGGGGGUGUCGGCCAACUCCAUACAGGUGGAGACCACUCCCAGCCAGUUCGCCGACCCCAAUGUUUACCUCUGGAACGUCUCCAGCAACGGAGAGCUGACGAGGCUGGAGGGCUUCAGCGCUCCGCCUCUCCGCCGAAGCGCCAACUGCGCCGAUUAUGCCACCAUUCAGCAGCAGGUGAAUGAGAUCCUGCACGUGGGCGUGAACCACUUCCACUUCUCCCUCAACUGGUCGGCUCUGGUGCCCGCCGGCGACGUGGCUCGUCCGAACGCCACCCUGCUGGGCUACUACCGCUGCUUCACCCGCCAGCUGCAGCGCGCCAACGUCACGCCCGUGGUCACCCUGUGGCAUCGCACGCGGCAGCGCAGCAGCCUGCCGGCCCCGCUGGACGCCAACAAGUGGCUGAGCAGAGGCGCUCCGGAGGCCUUCGCGGACUACGCCAGGCUCUGCUACAGAGAACUCGGGGCUCACGUGAAGAUGUGGAUCACGCUGAACGAGCCCAACGACGAGAUGGUGAGCUACCAGGAGGCCCACGAGAUGCUGCGGGCGCACGCCCUGGCCUGGCACGCCUACGACGACGAGUUCAGGCGCCUGCAGGGAGGACAGGUGUCCCUGGCGCUGCACAUGGACUGGGUGGAGCCGGCGUUCUCGUUCAGCCGAGAGGACGUGGAGCCGGCUCAGAGGGUCCUGGACUUCAAGGUGGGCUGGUUUGCCGAGCCCAUCUUCGGCAGCGGGGACUAUCCUCUGGGGAUGAGGAGCUGGCUGCGGCAGCUCAACUCGCUGGAGCUGCCAGUUUUCAACGAGGAGUACAAGCUGCUGGUUAAAGGGACGUACGACUUCUUUGCCAUCAGCCACUUCAGCACCAAACUGGUGACCCACGCUAAGGAGGACUCAUACACUUACACAGCCUUACUGGAGGUGCAGCACAUGAUCGACACCACGUGGAUCCUGUCUCCCAGGCCUGUGGUGCCCUGGGGUCUGAGAAAAGCCCUCAACUGGGUGAAGGAGCAUUACGGCGACGUGCCCGUCUACGUGAUGGCCAACGGGGUGCAGGAGGACCCCGCCCGCUUCAAAGACAGCCUGAGAGUUUACUACCUGUACAACUACAUCAACGAAGCACUUAAAGCGUACACCCUGAACGGCGUCAACCUGAAGGGCUACUUCGCCUACGCGCUGAGCGACAAAAGGGACCCGGAGUUCGGCAUGUACGGCCAGGUCCACGAGGAGGUCAUCGUCAAAGCCUCCCUGUCCAACUACCGCAACAUCAUCCAGCACAACGGCUUCCCCGACCCGGGCGCCGCGCCGCAGCGCUGCCCCGCCGCGCCGCCGUCCUGCCCCGGCUGCCACGUCCUGGAGAAGAGGCCUGUGGUGGGCUUCCUGACCCUGGUGGGCUCAGGGGUGCUGAUCACCCUGGGCCUCAUCAUUUAUUACGCCACCAAAAGACACAAAGAGUGCUACUGA